AUGGCUACUGCGGUUUUGUCGAACGUGAAGCUAUCGAGUUGUGUGGUCCUAGCGGAAGUGGAGCUCGAUGAGCUCCAGGCCAACUUGGACGGAAGUGUCGCUUGGAAGGAGGUUUAUCACGAUGAGUUGCUUGGAUUGGGAGAGGAUCAGUUUGUAGAUCUUGUGUUGGGGGAGGGUGGCGGCUGUGAGCUGGAGUUGAUCCAAGAGGUCUACGCUAGCGAAGAAAAGGACGAGGAAGAGGAAAUCGAUCCGGCUGGGAAUGAAAAUGCGUUAUGUAAUGGGGUGGAGAAGAGGCCGACGAGCGUUAAAAGGAAGAAUACCUAUCAAGGGCCAAAGAAUAAUCGCAGGUAUAAUGUGGCGGGCAAGCUGGGCUUCAAAUGUGGCGUUUGUUUGUUGAGGUUCGCCUUCAAAACUCACUUGUUCCGGCAUCUGCUGUUGAAGCACCGCCAGGAUGAGGACGACCGGAACAAGGAGGAACGAAUCUACGCGCGCUGCCAGCGCUGCAUGAAGACAUUCCGUACAAUCCCCGAGCUGGCCGAGCAUCUCCGGCAGGUCCACAAGGGAACCUUCUUCUGUGGUAACUGCCUGCGGAUGUUCAAGGACAAGGCGUCCCUCAACCGCCAUCGGAAGCUCCACGCCGGCAUGAACCCGUACGUGUGCGACGUCUGCGACAAAGAGUGCAGCCACAUGAGCCACCUCAUCUUCCACCGAAAGAGCCACUUCACCGACACCAACCCCAGCUACCCCUGUCCCCACUGCUCCAGCGCCUUCUCCUCUUCCGGAAACCGUCAAAAGCACGUCGCCCGGGUCCACACCCUAGAAAAGCGCCACCAAUGUCCCAAAUGUCCAGAAUCCUUCAUCUACUCGCGUCAACUCAAAGCGCACCUCAACCUCACCCACGUUCCGCAAACCCUCUGCCAGGACUGCAACAAGACCUUCAAGACCCCCGCACAACUCGCCCAACACCGGGAAAAGCUCCACCGCGCCGUGGACCGCCCGUACGCCUGCGACAAGUGCCCGUCCCGGUUCAAACAGUCGAGCCACCUAACGGUUCAUCAGAAAAGCCAUUCCGGAGAGCGCCUAGCAGAGUGCGAUCGCUGCAAGAAGCGCUUCCUCACCGGAAGUGACCUGCGGAGGCAUCAGCGCGGCAAGGGGUGCCGGGUCGAGGUGAAGCGGGGUUGA